GGGGAAGCUACCACAGGCUCGGAAGCUCGCGAACUCGGUGACUGGAGUUAGCUGCCUACAUAGGCUGAAAGACCAAUGCUCAGAUAGGCUGCAUGUAUCGAUAUACCUCCAUCGCGUUAACCCCUCGUUCCAUGUCCCACGAUGAACCCCAAUGGCGGCCCUCCGCAGAUUCUAUACAUCGAAGAAGGGAAGGACUACUUCCUGGAUGACAAUGAGGAGCUACCAUAUAGACUCGUGAAGAAUUUGGGCCAUGGGCAUAGUGCCACUGUGGAAGAGGUGGUGGACCAGUGGACAGGCGCAGUCUACGCCCGAAAGGUCUUUCGGAUCAACGGCUCCAAGAGCGAGAGGAGACGCAUCUUCUCGAACGAGAUUAAGAUUAUUAGACGCUUGGAACGACACCAUCACAUUGUUCGCGUUUUCGCUACCUACAUUUCGCGGCGAGAGACCGGCUUGAUCCUCAGUCCGGUUGCGAGCCAAGGCGAUCUAGAGUCUUUUCUUCAAGACUUUCGAGAAGGAAGGUGCACAGAAUCCGGCAUGCACACGUUGAUCUCGGCAUUUGGAUGCCUGGCUAGUGGGUUGCUCUUCAUGCACACCCAGCAUGUUAGGCAUAAAGAUAUCAAGCCACGGAAUAUACUCGUCCACCAGAAUACGGUUAUAUACACCGACUUUGGGUACUCUCUGGAUCAUAGUACCGCUACUGGAAGUACAACGACAGGACGACCACACACUUUGACUAGAAAGUACUGUGCGCCGGAAGUUCAAGAAUGGGAGCCACGCAAUGCGAAAUCGGAUAUAUUUUCACUUGGAUGCGUCUUCUUUGAGAUUUUCGCAACGCUGGGGUUUUGUGAACUACCAGAUACUGGAAUACCGUACCAUGAACGCAUCGACGAGGUCAAAGCAAUGGUCCGAGGGAGCAUUGGUCCAGUCAACGAGUGGUUCAAGCCAAUAGGUAGUUUAACAUGCCAGAUGAUAGACUCUUCGCCCGAGCAGCGGCCGCCGGCCAACAACAUAGCCAGAGAGUUAUGGAAGAACUAUCGAGGCCACUUCUGUCCACAAUGCAGACAAAGCUUACCGGCUCAAAACGCCACUGAAUUCCCUCCACAACCGAUGCAUGAAUAUUACAAUCUUGUGCGAACGAACUUCACGGCGGGUUGGAUCGCAUCAGACGAGAUGGUCUCGGGCGGCAUCCUCUUAGAUCAGAUGCAAAAUGGUCAGCAUCUAGAAGCACGCAAUGGUAGCGGGUCAUGGACACCUAUUCAAGCCCAUGCCGGAGCCAUCCCGCCCCCUACCCAUGCUUCUCCAAAUGGUCUUCACGGCAGCGUUGCGCGCGACCAGUUUCCACUUCCGUCCCCAGGUCUAGUAGCGACCAGCGGAGCGGAUCAAGCAUAUUAUCCCCCGACUCCUGUUGAUAUUCCUUUGAGAAGAUCGUCAACGGUCUUGCAAAGCGUUCAGACUCCGUCACAGGCGCUUGAUCCAACAUCAUUAGCAGAGAGUCCGAAGUCUGUUCGCAAUCUAGUGGCCAUCCCAUACAUCGACUUUCGUCCACAGAGCGGGCAAGGAAUCGUUCAAGUGGAGAGUAGCCCCAAAACGUAUGCCAUGGCAUUAUCCGGCGAUCGCGAUCGCACUCCAACUGUGGAUUCUAGUCACCGGCUCCCAUGCCUUCACGCGAAUUGUCCAGACAUGUUCACAUCGCAAACCAAAUUACAGACACACAUGCUUAGGCAUACAACCCUGUUUACGUGCCGCGUAGUGGGCUGCCGCCGGACUGAUUUCGGGUUCUCGACAGCGGACGACCUUGAGCGACACAUGAAUAAUGUUCAUAGGACAGGAGGCAUGACGUGGACGCACUAUCAGUGUAUAGUAGAAGACUGCGCAAACAGGAACAAGAUCUGGCCGCAACUAAGCAGCUUCAAGAAGCACAUCAUAGAGGUGCAUCCGCGUGGCAACCAGGAUGACCUGAUUCAGAGAUCUACGCUUGCUCCUUCGAAGAAAGCACCAAGACGCAAGCAGUCAUCUUUUGACACCGAGCGUUGA